GAUAUAACACCACACCGACAAAUAUAGUAUAAAUUUAUAUUUAUUCAUUCAUUCAUGACUAUUUUUACUAUCCGUGUUGAGGCGAUCAAUAUUUAGUAAAAGUUGAGAGUUGCGGAGUGUUUUCUAGAGAUAUUUGAGACUUGAUAUACAACAUAGGAUAAUAUUGUACUGAGUAGAACUGCAGUUUGUUAACUUAGGGUUAAGUAAGGAUAAACUGAAUAAAAAAAUGGCGGGAACUGUAUCACGCAGCCAGGCGGAAGCAUACUGGAAGAAGUAUAACAAAGAUGGAAAUGAUGUAUUGACAGUGGAGGAGGUUAAACAAUGUCUCCAGGAAGUAUAUGAUAGUGCAGAUGACUUUGAUGUUAAGGAUAAAUUUGCAUUUUUUGGGCAGAAAGAACAAAAGGACCUAACAAAAGAUGAGUUUAUAAAAGGAAUGAUGAGGACGGAAAAAUGUAUAGAUUUGAAGAAGGUGUUUAAAGCGAUGGAUAAAGACGGAAACGGAAGUCUAAGUAAAGAGGAGCUUGAAUCCGGCCUCGCUGCCAAUGGUUUCGAGGGGGAAGUGGCUAAAUGUAUCGUAGAAGAACUGGAAUUUGACGGUGAUGGAAAGUACAAUGUUGAUGAAUUCCUAGAGACAGUUGCAUUUAGCGAACAAUUUGCGCAAACGUACGGAUGUUAGACUGUUAUAUGUAUUGAAAGUGCAAUUAUAUAAUGGCGGCAUGUAAUAUAUUGCGAUGCUCCAACUAGCUGCGGCUAUUGUAAACGGCGUCAACGAAAUCAUAUAAUAUGUGUUAAUCACUAUGCUAUAGUUUUACUUUGUAAACUGCCAAUGACUAAAACUUGUUUUAUGUUUAAAUAUAUUGCCUAUUUUAGGUUUUAUCCCUAUGCUUUGCAUAUUGGUAUAUGUUCAAGAACUUUAAGUGAAAUUAUAUUUUACUUUAAAUCCUGUCUAGAUGUAUCUUGAUAAUCUCUACUUGCCACACACAUUUUCAGGCCAAAAGAUAAUUAAAAGUCCAAUCCAAUGAAAUCUGAAUAUAUUCAAACUGACCAUUAAAGCAAAGUGCUUUGACCUAGGAACUUUAAACUUCUUAUGUAGAUAACCCUGAUGAAUUCUAUCAGCCACACAGGAGUGUCUGUGGCUGAGUGGUUAAGGUCUUUGACUUUGAAGCACUUGCCCCUCACCUCUAUGGGUUUGACUCUGGCUUGGGACUUUAGAUUCUUUGAAGCGAUGAAGCUAAUUUAAUCUAUUCAGCUAGCUUUCAGACAGUCAUAGGAACUUCCACCUAGGUCCCCACUUGUCCCUGAAACAUUGUACAGGGUGCAAAUUAGGUGUUCCUCCACCAGUACCACUGGAAAGGCUCCAUAUGAACUUUAAAAGUGCCAAUAAGACAAAACAAAAUCUCAAAGCAAAACCAGAAGUAAAAAGGUCAGGGUCACUAGAUCCUAUAAUAUUAAAACAUAAAACUGGUCAUUAAAUCAAAAUGCAUUAAGUAAAA